AUGGGAUAUAUUGGUGAGGACAUAACAGAUGGGAGGUGGCAAAAAAUUGAGUAUGAUAGCAUCCCACAUUACUGUUUCUAUUGCAAGCAUCAAGGGCACCAAGAACUUGACUGUAUUAUUAAGAAAAGGGAUGCAGAAAAUAAACAAAGAAAAGAGUUGGAGAAGAACAGGCAAGACACCACUUUCAAGAAAAAUGAGGAUAUGCAAAUUCCUAAGAAUCUGGAUAUAGGAAGAAGGGAGGUAGACCAUAACCAACAAAGGCAACAAAUAAAGGAGAAUCAAUCCCAAAGGCUGCAAGAAGAAUGGCAAACUCAAAGAAGAAGGAAUAACAAUCAGCAAGUCAGAUUUCAUAUUGACAAAACUGCUGUUCCACAGCUUCAGAGUCAAACAAGUAUGGUUCCUAUCCCUACACAAAAUACAUAUAUUAACUUAGAAUUGCAGGAAGGUACAGAUGAUAGAAGAGGAGUGGAAGCACAAACUGAACAUAUACAAAACCAAAGGCCUCAGAAUAUAGAUGCUUCAAACAGGGCAUCACAAAGCCAAGCACAUAAUGUAGGAAUUCAAGAUCAUAGAGAUCAAAGAAAUACACAACAAAGAAGAGGCAAUCAGGAGCAUAGGAAGGAACAAAUUGGUUAUCAACAAGAGAAUAUAACCAGCUCAGGUAUUGACUCAAUGCUCCCCACCCCUGCACCCCUAAAUACUGCUGAUAAUCCUGCUGCUAUAGCUGUUGGAGGUAUGGAUGGAAGUGGUCAGGAGAAUAGUAGUUUUGUUAAUUCUAGUAGCUCUAAAGGAAAAGGUAAUAUGGGUGAUCAGAGGGUUACCCUUGAUGAAUAUAAGGAACCUGACUCUGAGGAUGAGUAUGAUGCUGAUACUCAAUCCUUAGGGGAAGGUAGAGAUCCAGGGGAGAAUAUAGGUACUUCUUACCAAGUUCAAAAAGGUCCUCUGUUACAUACCUCUAAUGUGGAUGAAAUUAGGGAAGUUACUGGCAAACAGGGCCUUUCUCCUAGAGAAUCUUAUAGAAUGCAGCUGAUGAUGAAUUAUGGUUAUAGUAAUCCAAAUAACAAAAUUUGGUUAUUUUGGUCAAAUGAGGUAACUUGUAGCAUUUUGGAAAGUGAUGAUCAGCAAAUUACCUGUGAAAUCAAUCAUGAGGAGUGUUGUGAAAAGUUUAUUAUUACUUUUGUGUAUGCUAAGUGUAAGGACCAAUUGAGAAAGCCUCUGUGGGAGAGUAUGCUUAAAAGGUCAAACACUAGUUAUCCUUGGUGCACUAUUGGGGAUUUCAAUGUGAUAUCUUCCACUCAGGAGAAACUGGGAGGUAGAGAAUACAAUAUUAACAAAAGCCUGGAGUUUAUCAGUGUUAUAGAAGCUAGUGGUUUGGUGGAUAUAGGGUACAAUGGCCAGCAUUAUACAUGGUGUAAUCACAAAAAGAAUGGUGAUAGAGUGUGGAAAAGAUUGGAUAGGGGUAUGGUUAAUGAUAUCUGGUUAGACAAAAUGCCUUCAAGUAGUAUUACUCAUCUUCCAUCAGUUGGUUCAGAUCAUUGUCCAUUAUUGUUGGAAAUGAAUAAUACUCAGUCUACUGUUAUAAAAUAUUUUAAGUUCCUCAAUUAUUGGACUGAGAAUGAUUCUUUCUUAUCAACUGUGGAGAAUUGUUGGAAAAGACAGGUUAAGGGUGAGCCUAUGUGGAUUUUACAUACAAAGUUUAGAAGAUUAACAAAAACUCUUAGGUGUUGGUCAAAAAAUGAAUAUGGUGAUGUAUUUGAAAGGGUGAAACAGUAUGAGGAAGUGGUUAAAAGAGCUGAAGAAGAUUUGAUCAAGGAGAAUAGUACUGAAAAUAGAGAAAAGCUUAGUGAAGCUAAUGCAAAUUACAUUAAGUAUUUGAAAUUGGAACAUACUAUCCUCCAACAGAAAACUCAGUUACAGUGGUUGAAAGAGGGGGAUGUAAAUUCUAAGUAUUUUCAUGUUGUGAUCAGAGGUAGAAGGAAUAAGAUGAUUAUUUAUAAAAUUAUGAAUGAUAGUGGAGUAUGGAUUCAAGGUGAAGAUAAUGUGGCUAAGGAAGCUUGUGAUUAUUAUCAAAACAUGUUUACUGGAAAAUCUGAGAAGAUUAAGGAAGAGUUGUUACAAAAUAUUCCUGAGUUGAUUACUUUAGAACAGAAUUCUGAUUUGGACAAAUUGCCUACUGUGGAGGAGCUGAAAAAUACUAUAAUGAGUAUGAACCCCAACUCUGCCCCAGGACCUGAUGGUAUUGGUGGUAAGUUUUACCAAGAGUGUUUUGAUAUUAUUCAAGAGGAUAUGUUGGCUGCAGUAAACUCUUUUUUCAGUGGGAAUAUUAUGCCUAGAUAUAUGACUCAUGCUUGCCUAGUGUUGCUUCUUAAGAUCAAUCAUCCCAAUCAGCUCAAAGAUUAUAGACUUAUGAGCCUUAGUAAUUUUACUAAUAAAAUCAUUUCCAAAAUUCUAAGUACCAGGUUGGCUUCUAUUUUACCUAACAUUAUUUCAACCAAUCAGUAUGGAUUUGUUAAAGGAAGGAGAAUUUCAGAAAAUAUUUUGUUGGCACAAGAGGUUAUACAUGGGAUGAAAAUGCCUAAAGAGGGUAGGAAUACAGUCAUCAAAUUGGAUAUGGUCAAAGCAUAUGACAGAGUUUCAUGGGCAUAUACUUGUAUAGUAUUAAGAAAAAUGGGAUUUAGUGAAAUAUUUAUUGAUAGAGCUUGGAGGAUUAUGAGUAAUAAUUGGUAUUCUGUUGUUAUUAAUGGCAAGAGACAUGGAUUUUUUCAUUCUACAAGGGGUCUUAAGCAAGGAGACCCUCUUUCUCCAGCUCUUUUUAUUAUUGGUGCUGAAGUUUUUUCAAGGAACCUUAACUUACUUUAUCAGAAUCAGUUAUAUAGAGGUUUCAGCAUGGAGAAGAAUGGGCCUCAAACCAAUCAUCUUAGUUUUGCUGAUGAUUGUAUUAUUUUUACCUCUACUGAUAGAAGAUCUUUAACUCUAAUAAUGAGGAUUAUUGAUGAUUAUGAAAGAGUGUUUGAUCAAAAAGUGAAUAAGGAUAAAAGUUUCUUUAUGGUCACACGUAAGACUAGUCAUGAAAUUAUUGAGGAUAUCAAGGUGGUAACUGGUUUUGGUAUGAAGAACAGCCCUAUAAAUUACUUAGGAUGCCCUUUAUACAUUGGUGGGCAAAGAAUCAUUUAUUUUUCAGAGGUGGUGGAGAAGGUGAUAAAGAGGAUUUCAGGCUGGCAAUCAAAAAUUUUAAACUUUGGAGGGAAAGUAACUCUUGUAAAGCAUGUACUGCAAGCUAUGCCUAUUCACACACUAGCUGUUAUGUCUCCUCCAAAGACUACACUAAACUACAUUAAAAGAGCUAUUGCAGACUUCUUCUGGGGGGUGGAUAAGGAUGGUAAAAAGUAUCACUGGGCUUCUUGGGAUACUUUGGCCUAUCCAACUAAUGAGGGUGGUAUUGGAGUGAGAUUGCUAGAUGAUAUUUGUAAAGCAUUUCAGUAUAAACAUUGGUGGGAAUUCAGAACAAAGAAAUCCUUGUGGAGUCAAUUUUUAAAGGCCAAGUAUUGUCAAAGAGCUAAUCCAGUAGCUAAAAAGUAUGACACAGGUGAUUCUUUGGUAUGGAGGUACUUAACAAGGAAUAGAUCAGAAAUGGAAGCAUAUAUUAGAUGGAACAUUAAUUCAGGAACUUCCAAAUUCUGGUGGGAUAACUGGCUAGGAAAUGGUGCUAUUGCCAAUUACUGUGACAAUGUUUCAAGCCUGAAUAACAGGGUGUUAGCUGACUUCUUAAUUGAUGCUUCAGCAUGGGAAGUUAUUAGAAAGAAGAAGAGUGUUAAUCCUAUUAACAAUAUCAUUUGGCAUAAUCAGAUUCCCUUUAAGGUUGCCUUCUUUAUUUGGAGAGCAUUAAGGGGUAAAUUGCCAACUAAUGAAGGUGUACAUAGAUUUGGUAUUGCUGCAGAAGAUUGCUACUGUUGUUAUCAGCAAGGAAAAGAUGACAUUAACCACAUAUUACUUACAAGAAAUUUCGCCAACUACAUUUGGAAAUAUCAUGCAGCUAUACUAGGUGUAACACAAUUAUAUACAAAUAUCAGAAGUCAGCUCAUGCAUUGGAGGAAUCAGCACACUAUUAAUGAGGUACAUAAACUUAUUAUGCAAAUUUUGCCUAACUACAUUUGUUGGAAUCUUUGGAAAAAUAGGUGUGGUGUGAAAUAUGGUCAUAAAACAUCAAGUAUCAAAAGAGUACAGUAUGGUAUAUUUAAGGAUAUUAUGCAGGUUAUUAGACUGGUAUAUCCUAUUAUACCAUGGCAGUCUAGCUUGUAUCACUUGAUCAAAACAGCUGAGCAUUGUCAUCAGCAGUAUAAAAUAAUUAUGGUAAGUUGGCAAAAACCUAAGGAAGGUAUUUAUAAAUUAAAUACUGAUGGAAGUGCUAUACAAGACACUGGAAAGAUUGGUGGUGGAGGUAUUCUUAGAGAUCACACAGGUAAAAUUAUUUAUGCUUUUUCAGUUCCUCUUGAUUUUGGUACUAACAACAUGGCAGAGUUAAAGGCAGCAGCUUAUGGACUUGAGUGGUGUCAACAACAUGGCUACAAAAGAAUAGCUUUGGAGGUGGAUUCAUAA